UGCCAAGACGCCAUUCGGAAAACCCCGCCACUUUGUCCACGAGGGACGUUUCUCUCUCCCAAAUUAACUCUCCGCCUGAGAAAUAAAACCCCCUGAUUUCUUUCAAUGUAACAUCACCCAAAAUCCCUAAUCCCUAAUCUUUCUCAAACUCGCCCAAGAAGGCGAAGGCUGGGCGGAUGAAUGCUGAUUGUCCCUAUAUAUUUCAAGUAGAAAGAUUUAAAUCUAUGGGAAAGAACAAGCAAAGUCAGGAAAAUGAAAAUAGAGCUGCUAAGGCCGUGUGGAAUAAGGAGAUGGUGCAUAUCUUUUGUGAUAUUUGUAUCCGAGCCUUUCAAAUGGGCAUGCGACCUGGGACUCACUUUACAAAGCAAGGUUGGAAGUAUGUAAUCAAACACUUCCAGAAGGAAAGCGGGCUAAAUUUUACCAAAAAACAGUUGAAAAACAAGUGGGAUGGAAGUAAAAAAGAAUGGAAGAUUUGGAAAGCUUUGAUAGCUGAAGAGACCGAACUUGGUUGGGAUACGAAAAGGCAAACACUGGAUGCUUCUGAUUCUUGGUGGGAUGAAAAGAUUAAGGUUAUGCCAGCAGCUAAAAAAUUUCGAUACAUGGGUAUUGAACCUGAACUUUGUGCAAAAUAUGAUGUCUUGUUCAUGGAUAUGGGGGCUACUGGAAUCUGUGCUUGGACUUCUUCAGUGAUUGUUGUACCAAAUGAUAAGGAUGACAAUGAUGAAUCACCUAGUGAUAACGUUAUGCCUUCAGAUAAGGAUGGCAAUGAUGAGUCACCUAGUAGUACUGCAAUACCAUUAGAAGGGAGUGGCAAUUCAAGAAAUGAACCUAAUUUUGUUGAGAGUUUGGAGCAAAUUGUGGAUGGUGCUAAUCUAUCAUCAGAAAUGAUGGAUGGUGCUAAUGUUUCAUCAGCUCUCCCUACGCAAUGCACAGAAGCCACUUUAGAGCAAGAUGGCAAUCAGCUUGAGGAGAAAAUGAUUGAGAGGAAACAAAAAAGGAUCAAUGAAUCUGAUACACAAACUGAUACAAGUAAGAAAAUAAAAAUAGGAAGGGCGCAGUUAGAAGGUUUAGCAAAGUUAUCUCGGCAGAUUAAUAGACUGGUAGCUACUGUUGAAGGUAGGAGUAGUGUGACUUCCAAGAGGACAGAUCUUCCAGGAUGCAGCAUACCUGAGGUCUUGGCUGACCUACAUUCUAUACCAGAGAUUGUGAAAGGCAGUGAACUUCAUUUAUUUGCUACAGACUUAUUUCUUUCCAGGGCAAAGAGAGAGGUGUAUGUUUCCUUGGAGGAGUCUGAUGUUAAAUUAACUUGGUUAAAGUACCAACAUGCGAAGUGUAAGGUUGAUAUGUAGAUUGGCAAUAGGUCAUCCUGUCCAGUAGUCUUUGUUGUUUACUUCGUGUAGAGCUAUAUUACUAUUUAAUAAUUUGGUGUGUUUUGUGUAUAAAUCUAUUAUGCUUCAAAUAGAAUGAAUUACUAUUAUUAUUUGUAUA